CAGACGAUCAUAUGACAAAGGUCUACAGGAUGCACAUGGUCCUUGUUAUUUCGUAUAAUGGACAGCUUCCCAUCACUGGUAAAUCUCUGGUAUAACGAGCCGAGCACUUGGUACAACGUCAUCGUAGUACAAACCUAUGCCUAUUGUACGAUACGUUCCGUUGUUGUGAGAACGAAAAGGCGAAACGAUAAGAAGGACGAGUUGAGUCAAGUCGUUGGGGGGCUUACAAACCCAUUAAAAUGGUAAAACGCAUUUGCUCGUAUGGUGAUGACGUAUACGCACAUACACACAUCACACACACAAACACACACACACAAAAAAAACCACAGCACACACGGCACAUAUUUUGCUCUUUAUGGUUGUUUUUUCGUUUCCUUUCUCUCUCUUCUUUCUUCUAGCUCCUGCCUUUGUUCCUUGGCAGAAAUGAAGCAGCGUCGUCGACCGCGCCAUUUCUCUCCCUCUUCGUUUUGCAUAACACCGCUGCCGCUGCUGUUGGUGCUUAUCGCGCUAAUAUGUUUGCCUACAGCAAUCGCACAGCAGCAGCCCAUGCUUGACACUUCAUUUACAAACGAAGCCAAUUUCACGCAAUGCUCCGAUCCAAACACCUUUAUCGUCCAUAGUCUUAGUCGAAGUUACGAUCACGCCACCAAUACCUUUAGCUUCAACCUAAGCGGACACUCCUCGAUCGCAGUUACCAACCUUAACCCAGGGCAAAACCGUAAGUGCCCCCCCCUCUCUGUUUGAAUACACAAGCUUGUAGGCACGAUAAUGACUUGAGCUAUUCCUUCAGAAUACUCUUCGGCAAGGACAGAAGUCGUGGUAGGCUUUAAUGCAUUGAUGGAUCAGCGCCAGAGGCUAUGCCCGACGCUGGAGAACGGCACCAAUGGAUGUCCGAUAUCGGCGGAUUCAGACGUGUCAA